CGACCGUCCAUUCGCAGCAGAAGACGCGGGAGGGUUUCGCAAUUCAACGAAGACAAAUACUAGAGUGACCACUCUUACAGAUUAUUUACGACAACACCAUCUUCUCAAGUUCUUUGAGCUAUAAGGAAAGGCGCCGUCAGAGCAGAGGGAACUCUUGUUCUCACGUUCCCCCCGCCCCGCUUUAUCAGGGAGCUCCGACGUCCGACGCCCGCGGUCAAGAAGCGCCACUGCUUCUAUAGAUAAAACGCGAGCUAAGAGAGAAACACCAACUAAACCUAGAUUUCAUGAAAUCUCUCUGUUUUUAGCUUUCCAUUUCCUUUCGGUUCUCAGAAGCAUGAAUUUAUCGCAAAUGGAGUACUAAAUCGAUCCAGAAGAAGGAAGAUGCUCGUAUCGCAUUUUAGCUCAUUCUUCGAAAAGAUCAAUUUUAUCUGUCCAGAUCUCUGAAGAAUUAUACACAAUAGAUUAGUUCUUAGCUUCCGUCCAUCUUGCUCAGCUGCUGCUGCAAAAUAAAUAAAUAAAAGAAAAUAAUUCUCAGAAGAGUGUGUUUGUUGCUUUAAACUGCUUUAGAAUGGCGAGAUCAUUGCAAUUCACUGGUGUCAGAACUCCCCAUACUGGGUUCAGAAGAUAUUCCUCGCACUUCUUACCUCUAUCAUCAGUGAAACUAUCUUCGACCCUGUCUGAUCUUGCGGCAUUAGUGGCUUCGAGUGCUGGACUUUUGAAUAGAAGACCUGAAGGCCCCCGCACAAGGAGAGCUUUCAAAAUCAGUUGCGAGACAGGAGCAUUAGCUUUUCGAGAAAAGGUCGAGAAUGAGAGCCAAAGUUUUGAUAGAAAUGUGGGGCAGUUGACGUGUGUGAUGAAGUUUGGUGGGUCUUCGGUGGCCUCAGCGGAGAGGAUGAAGGAGGUCGCUGAACUGAUUCUGAGCUUUCCUGAAGAAAGGCCUGUACUUGUUCUCUCUGCAAUGGGAAAGACGACUAACAAGCUUCUACUGGCUGGAGAAAAGGCUGUUGGUUGUGGUGUUUCUCACGUUUCUGAAAUUGAUGAGUUAGGGUUUAUAAAGGAACUUCAUCUCAGGACGGUUGAUGAGCUUGGAGUGGAUAGGUCUAUAAUUUCUGAACACUUGGAAGAAAUGGAGCAACUUCUGAAAGGAAUUGCUAUGAUGAAGGAACUUACUCCUCGUACAAAAGACUAUCUAGUUUCAUUUGGAGAGUGCAUGUCGACAAGGAUAUUUGCUGCAUAUUUGAAUAAAAUUGGUGCUAAUGCUCGCCAAUAUGAUGCAUUUGAUAUUGGUUUUAUAACCACAGACGACUUUACAAAUGCGGACAUCUUAGAAGCAACAUAUCCUGCUGUUGCAAAGAGGUUGCAUGGUGAUUGGAUUAAUGAUCCUGCAAUUCCUGUUGUUACUGGCUUCCUUGGAAAGGGAUGGAAAUCUUGUGCUGUCACAACAUUAGGUAGGGGAGGUAGCGAUCUGACAGCCACAACAAUUGGUAAAGCAUUGGGUUUGCGUGAGAUUCAGGUAUGGAAGGAUGUGGAUGGUGUUUUGACAUGUGAUCCCAAUAUCUAUCCCCGUGCAGAGCCCGUACCAUAUUUGACUUUUGAAGAGGCAGCUGAACUUGCUUAUUUUGGUGCCCAGGUCUUGCAUCCACAAUCCAUGAGGCCUGCUAGAGAGGGGGAUAUCCCUGUUAGGGUAAAAAAUUCUUACAAUCCCAAAGCUCCAGGUACCCUCAUCACUAAAUCAAGAGAUAUGAGUGAGGCAGUCCUUACCAGUAUAGUUUUGAAGCGUAAUGUCACUAUGUUGGAUAUAGUUAGCACCCGUAUGCUGGGCCAAUUUGGUUUUCUUGCAAAGGUCUUCUCAAUCUUUGAAGAUUUGGGCAUAUCUGUUGAUGUUGUUGCUACAAGUGAAGUCAGUAUUUCCUUGACACUGGAUCCAUCAAAACUUUGGAGCAGGGAAUUAAUACAACAGGCAAGCGAACUCGACCAUGUGGUGGAAGAACUAGAGAAAAUUGCAGUCGUGAAUCUGCUCCAACACAGAUCGAUUAUCUCUCUCAUUGGGAAUGUUCAACGGUCUUCGUUGAUACUAGAAAAGGCAUUUAAUGUUCUCCGAACCAAUGGAGUAAAUGUCCAGAUGAUCUCUCAAGGAGCAUCAAAGGUAAACAUCUCAUUGAUAGUAAAUGACAGUGAAGCAGAACAGUGCGUCAGGGCCCUACAUUACACCUUCUUUGAGAGAGGUGUUCUGUCUGAUGUAAGUUCGACUUCGAAUAGCUUGUCCGAAAAUGGUUCCCCCACACCACUACCAGAUGCAAAUUGAUUAUUGAUGCCUCCGUUAUUAUGUUUACUCAUUUAGUUUUAGGUAUAUCUUGUGUACCAAUUGAAUUGUUUUAUCUUCAUUUUCUCCCAACUGUUAAGUUAUGGACCAGUUUUUGGAUGGUGUAAAAUUUUUACUAUUAAGUUUUUGUUUGGGCCUCGUUCUCGUAAGUCCAGAA